AUUGUGGAAGCUGCAGUUUGAUCACAGAAUUACUGAAGCGAUGCAGUCCCAGGGCAGCACCUCCUCGCAGCCCUCCUUCGAUUCCCUGAGCUCCAGCGACAGCCUCCUGUUCAGCGACUCGGAGCAGGCGGAGGACGACACCGACGUCUUCCUGACGGACAGCUCUUCCUCCGUGAUCAUCGGCGGGACGAGCGGGGCUCCGGCCGCCGAGGACGCGGGAUCGGAGAGCCCCGGGUCCCAGUGGGCGUGCGACGGCUUCACCGACAAGGAGGAGGAGGACGAGUCGUACAGGUCGGAGAGUGGCAGCAAGGCGGCGCACAUCGACUUGGGCGAAGUGGAUCAGACGAGCCAGAUCCCGAAAUCAGAGGGAGAUCUGCUGUUUGCUCAGAAGUGUGCUGAGCUGCAAGGUUUUAUCAGGCCCCUGCUGGAGCUGCUGAAUGGACUGAAGAGGGGCCGUUUCGACCGGGGUCUGAGUAGUUUCCAGCAGAGCGUUGCCAUGGAUCGCAUACAGAGGAUUGUGGGGGUUUUACAGAGACCAAACAUUGGGGAGAAGUACCUGAACACUCUGCUGCAGGUGGAGAUGAUGCUGAAGCUGUGGUUCCCACAGAUUCCCACUCAGCCCGUGUCUGCAGCCUCCAGUGUGGCCACAUCUCCCACGCGCUGCCUCCAGGACACAUCCAGCUCCACUCCGCCACAUAAACACAGGGAUCAGUUACAUAUUCCCGUCAAGAAGCGCAGGCUCAGCUGGACAGGUACGGACUCCCCCACACCUUCUCCCGUGCUUCUCAAGUGCCCCCGUGUCAGCGCAGAGGAGAAGAGCGCCAAGCCGUACGAAGAUGAAAGAGACGGCCCUCCCUCUUCUCCACCACUGGCCUCUGAUGCAAACCAAAACUCGCCAGAUGUAGCCGGUAACAGCCAGAGCGACGACACAAAGGGAACAGACAGCGACGGCGACGAACACAGCAAGCUCUCACAGUACAAAGCCGGUCAGAGCUCCGAGCCCAGCCUGACAUGGGUGCAUGUGGCGCCCAUCUUAUCCCCGAGGAAGGCCUGCGUCCCCCACGAGGGCGCGGCCGCACUGGCAGGUACUUACGAAAAAAUCCUCGCACCGGGAAGAAGAGGCAGUCCAGCGAUGCAAGACAGCUCCAUAUCUUCUACCACGCCGCACAAGCACCCCAAAAAUCAGAAGAAGCCAACGCGGUGCCAAAGCCAGCCCGACGCCGAGCAGCAGGGCGAGGGGGAGGGCGGCGAGACGUGUCAGGACCGGAGCCACUCCCCUCACGUCACGCUCAAGCCUUUGCCCCUGGCGUGUCCCGCCACCUUAGAGACCUGAUACACCCAGAGAGAGCCACGGGCCGGCAGCCUCGCUUUGUUCCACCACCGGGCUUAAAGCUGCUGCGACGGGAAGAAGGGAAGAAGGCUGGAGGCCUGUUAUUAUAAAUCCAUCAAAGCAGAAGGAAGCGGGGGGAAAAAAGAAUUGUUGGCGACACAAGUUGAACAAACAAACGACGGAUGAAGCAAA